AUGACAACUAUAACCUUUGUAACAGGAAACGCUAACAAGCUAAAAGAAGUGAUACUGAUUCUUUCCAAAUCAUCCGCGGCACCCACUUCAACCGAAGGCAACAAAGUCGGUAAAUUCACAAUUACAAACAAGUCACUCGACUUGGACGAGAUCCAAGGCACGAUAGAACAGGUAACCGUCCAUAAGGCCCAAUCAGCCGCUGAGAUCUUGAACGCCCCCGUCUUGGUGGAAGACACCUGCCUUGCAUUUGACGCGUACAACCAGCUUCCAGGACCUUACAUCAAGUGGUUUGUCCAAGCCAUCGGCUUGGAUGGGUUGGUGAAGAUGUUGCAAGGGUUUGAAAACAAAGGAGCCAACGCCAUCUGUACUUUUGGAUAUUGCGAAGGGCCAGGAAAAGAAGUCAAGAUCUUCCAAGGCAUCACGCAGGGCCAAAUUGUGCCAAGUCGUGGACCGACUGAUUUCGGGUGGGAUUCGGUUUUCCAACCUGCGGGUUUCACUGAAACCUAUGCUGAGAUGGACAAACUGGUUAAGAAUUCUAUAAGCCACCGGUAUCGCGCUUUAGAUAAGGUGAGGGACUACCUUGUUUCCCUUUGA